AUGACUGAAUCUGUAUUCGAUCGUCUCUACCAUCAGUCCACAGCCGCAUCGAGAGCGGCAUCAAUACAUGGUGCUGACCCGCCUUCCUAUGAUGGACCAUCCAACUCCACUUCAUCGAAUCGUGCACCUCAUCGCCAACGAAAAACUCCAGCAACCACGACCAGAAGAAAAGAUGAGGGGAGUGCCAAAUCAUCGAUGGAAAAGGGAAACCCCGAGGGUGUUCCAACGAGUCCACCAGUAGCCGUCGCACCACCAAUGACUUAUUCUGGCCCAUGGAGAAUAGCCUCUACGAGCACAUAUGGUCGUCUCACUUUUCUGGAUCCUGGAUCAUUGAAAUUGUCUGCCGAACUUCACAGCUUCGAUCAAGGUGAAAUGGAUGCCAGACGAUUUGCAUGUCAUUUGAUAGCGGCUUUGUUUCGUCGUGACCACAUGGCUGGGCGACAUUGGGACUAUGAUGCACCAUCCGCAAACCCCAUUACGGAAUCCGGUGCAGAGGAAAAUAAUAGUAACAACACUAUACAGAGGUUCAAGGUGGAAAGGGAAGCGACUUGGGAUUGGAAAGAUAUCUAUUCGGUCGCAACAGCAAAAGGGACGAUCAGCUUCAAUACGGAGACGAAUGAAAUAAGAUUGGAGGACUAUAGCUACUAUGCCGCUGGAUAA